CCACGGUUGAAAUUCUUAUAUACAAUUAAAAAAUAUUACUGUUCAAGUGACAAGGAGUCUUUCACAAUUUUAUUCAAGGUAAUUGUAAGGUUCAAGUGAGUUUUUUUUUUUUUAAUGUCCUUUUUCUUUCCUGUAUGUUUGCAGUGUUUUAAAAACACCAGUUUGAACUGAAGAAACUGGAAGAGGUGUGAUGAGGAAACAGAUAUUUUCUGCUGGCUGGUGAACACCAAAUUCAAGAGAGUUUUCUUGCUAGUGAGCAUGCAUGCCACCUGAUUAUUUCUACAUGACUGUGUGGGGCAAUAUAUGGAAUUAAGUCAUGUCAUCUACAGGCAAUGGCACUGAUAUUGAAGAAUUUUUGGUCCACAUUAACCUUGCACAGUAUCUUCCUAACUUUAAAAAAUGUGGCUAUAACACUGUGACGGAUUGUGUGGGAAUAAAUAAUAGUGUGCUUCAGCAAAUGGGAGUGUUGCCUACAGGGCAUCGCAGAAGGAUUCUUAAGCAGUUAGACAGCCUUUUGGAAAUUCAACAGGGAAAUUCUCUUGUCCGUGAAAAUCUAAAAUUCAAAGUCUUGAAAGGUUUAGAAGAGAAGCAGUAUUCAUCCUCAGAUCAGGAAUCUCCUGUAAGCAAUUCAAGUAUAGAUGGGACUGGCUUGAUACCUGCAACAUCAUCAGAGCAACUUCUUAAAAAGUCUUAUGUCAAUAAGGAAAAGUUUGAACUUGCAGAGCAAAACUCAAUGGAGGCAAAUGAUGAUAGCUUUACAAAUUUGAAUUUUUCCAGUUUAUACCAGAAUUCAGACAGCAUACUAGAAGCUGUCAGUCAGAAUAGAAAUAUCAAGACAAAUACACAGCCAGAUGCAUCACUGACAGAAGCUGCUGCAUACCAAGCUGAUGAGCACUUGACUGGCCCUUUGGUGUUGCGUGACCCUCCUUCAUUUGUUCGUUCAUGCGAGACAAAAUGCAAAGAAAACAAACAGCAGAGGUUUGCGGAUGAGGGUGAUUUAUCUGAUAGUAAACCAGAUUCUCCAUUCUAUAAGUUCAAAGGAGAAAUGAUAGACAACGACUUGUAUGAUUCCUGUACGUUAAACUGCAUGAAAGUAUUUCCAAGAGCAAGCCGAUCUUUUAUCUUAAGGCAUCGACCUGUACCAGAAAUUCCUGAAUCAAGUCAAGUUCAAGCUUCAUCAAGUUCCCUUCAGAGAAGAAGAAAUAUGGACCUUGUAAAUAUUUCUUGCUCUGGGAGGCAAAUUUCACAAAACAAUAAUUUCAUGGAAGAAAAGCCACCUGUUAUCUCUCCAUAUGGGGAAACCUUUAUUUGUGACAACACUAAACAUGCUAAAGAUCUCCAUGGAAAUGAAUUCCUGGCUUGUGAAAAUAAAUUUGAUCUAGGAAUGAAUGAACAAUAUUCUUCCAAGAAUCUAUGUUACUCUAAUAAUCAGAAAGAGAAGACAAAAGAAUUUGCAAAAACCGAAUCCUUGUCUCAGGAAGAGCCAUCAUUAACACCAGAAGAAUCUGAAAGUGAAUCUGUAUACUCUGUAGUGGAACAGCAUUCUUUGUCUUUAAAGAAGAAGAAAAAUAAAACCAAAACACACUCAGCAUCUUGCAGUGUGAUGCAAAGUGGAGAUUCUGAUUGCUUGGCUGGUGAACAAAUGAAUUCUUGUCGAUUUGGUGGAGAUCAGACUUUGAUUGGAAAUGAAUCAAUAGCACCAUAUGCUUGCUUUUAUGGACCAUCAGUAAAGAAGGUUAAAGCAGGAUGGCUGGAUAAAUUGUCCCCUCAAGGCAAAUGUGUGUUUCAGAAGCGCUGGGUUAAAUUUGAUGGAGACAGCAUUUCUUAUUACAACAAUGAAAAGGAAGUGUUCUCAAAAGGAAUAAUACUGCUCUCUGCAAUAGCAACAGUAAGAGUUCACGGGGAGAAUAAAUUUGAAGUUGUCACAUCCCAUAGGACUUUUGUUUUCCGUGUGGAUAAAGAAGAAGAAAGAAAUGACUGGGUUAAUACAAUGCUCAAUGCCUUGAAAUUGCAGUCUGAUAGUAACACUCAGUCUCGAACUUCUGCCACCCCUGAGAAAAGCGGAUAUCUUGAGCUGAAAGGAUACAAAACCAAAAUCUUUAUUCUACUUCAGGGGAGUACUGUAUGGAUCUGCAAAAAUGAGCAGGACUUUAAGACAGGAUUUGGUAUCACUUUAAUCCCUAUGAAUGUGGCAAAUGUAAAACAAGUGGAUCGGGCUGCAAAGCAAUCUUUUGAAAUAAUUACUCCUUAUAAAAGCUUUAGCUUUACAGCAGAGUCAGAAAGAGAGAAACAAGACUGGAUUGAAGCACUCCAGCAAUCAAUAGCAGAAACUCUAUCUGAUUAUGAAGUAGCUGAGAAGAUUUGGUUCAACGAGUCCAACAGGAGCUGCGCUGACUGUAAAGCUCCAGGUCCUGACUGGGCAUCCAUCAAUCUCUGCGUUGUCAUUUGUAAGAAGUGUGCAGGACAGCACCGAUCUUUAGGACCAAGAGAUUCAAAGGUCCGGAGUCUAAAAAUGGAUGCCAGCAUUUGGAGCAAUGAACUUAUUGAGCUCUUUAUUGUCAUUGGAAAUAAGAGGGCAAACAGUUUUUGGGCUGGAAACCUUCCUCCAGAUGAAGAAUUGCAUAUUGAUGAUCCUGUAGAAAAAAGGAUAGCAUUCAUUACACAAAAAUACAAGGAGGGAAAAUUCAGGAAAACACCUUUUCACUACAAAACCAAGGAACAACUGAAUAAGGCCCUGUGUGCUGCUGUAGUCAAGCAAGACGUGCUGGAAACUCUGAUGUUGCUCUUCAGCGGGGCUGAUGCUAUGUGUGCCACUGGAGACCCUGUUUACAGCACCCCGUACUUAUUAGCCAAGAAAGCUGGGCAAAGACUGCAAAUGGAAUUCCUGUACCAUAACAAGUUCUCAGACUUCCCAAACUAUGAUCCUUGUUUUGAAAGUGGCUUCUCUGAAGAUUCUUCACAUUCCACCUUUCUUUGUGAAUUCUUGUACAAAGUUUCUUCUAAUGCGGCUAAGCUUCCUACAGAGAAGAAGUUAAAAGAAGAUUGCAACAAAAGGUGGUGCACUUUGGAAAGUGGCUUUCUGAGCUACUAUGAAAAUGACAAAACUACCACUCCUAAUGGUAUGAUUGACAUCAAUGAAGUUAUCUGUCUUGUUGUACACAAGUCAGACUUCUUUUUAAAUAGAGGGGACAUCUUUACAUUUGAAAUAUACUUAAUGUCAGAACGUGUUUUUCUGUUUGGAGCUGAAGCUGCAUAUUCACAAAGAAAAUGGACUUCAGCAAUAGCUAAGCAUUUUGUUCCCCCUGUGGCUGAAUCAUUGUUAGAGCGAGACUGUGACCUUAUAGGGCAGCUGUACUACAAAGAUGGCCAUAGCCUGGAUCAGUGGAGAAAAGGCUGGUUUGCUAUAGAGAAGUCAAGCCUUUACUUUUGUCUUGAAAUGGAGGAUGCUGAAGAAGAUUCCAUAUAUCUAAGGAGGCUGCAAGAACUAACAACCAGUAGUGUGAUGCAAAAUGGAGAGAGAAUAGAUGUCCUCCUGCUUGUUGAAAAAGGAAGAACACUAUACAUCCAUGGCCAUACAAAGCUGGAUUUCAUGGUCUGGUAUACUGCAAUUGAAAAAGCAGCAGGUACAGAUGGUAAUGCAUUACAAGAUCAGCAGCUCAGCAAAAAUGAUGUUCCUAUUAUAGUGAACAGCUGCAUAGCAUUUGUUACACAGUAUGGAUUAGGUAGCAAGCAAAUAUAUCUUAAGAAUGGUGAUUCUUCCAAUGUGGCUGAACUGCUGGAAAGCUUCAAAAAAGAUGCCAGAAGUGUUAAACUAAGAGCAGGAAAACAUCAGCUUGAAGAUGUCACUGAUGUACUGAAAAGUUUUCUUUCUCAAAUAGAUGAUGCUCUUCUCACUAAAGAACUCUAUCCAUUCUGGAUCUCUGCAUUAGAUACGCAGAAUGAAAAGGAACGCGUGAGAAAGUACAGAGCUUUUGUUCGGAGUCUUCCACCAGUCAAUAGAGCAACUUUGGCUGCUUUAAUUGAACAUCUUUACAGGGUGCAGAAGUGUUCUGAAAUUAACCAAAUGAACCCUCACAAUUUAGCCGUGGUGUUUUCCUCAUGCUUAUUUCAAACUCAAGGCCAAACUAGUGAAGAAGUCAAUGUAAUUGAAGAUCUAAUUAAAAAUUAUGUGCAACUUUUUCAUAUAAAUGAAGACCAAGUCAAACAAAUGGACAUAGAGAACAGUUUUAUUACGAGGUGGAAAGACACUCAGGUCUCCCAGGCUGGAGAUUUGCUUAUUGAAGUUUAUGUGGAAAGAAAGGAGCCGGACUGUAGUAUUAUAAUCAGGGUAUCUCCUUUGAUGGAAGCAGAGGAAUUAACUAAUGAUGUUUUAGGAAUCAAAAACAUUAUUCCCAGCAAAGAUGAUGUCUGGACUGCUUUUGAAGUACUUGAAAAUGGAGAAUUAGAACGUCCUCUGCAUUAUUCAGAGAAUGUACUUGAACAAGUUCUUCACUGGAGUUCACUACCAGAGCCUGGCACUGCAUAUCUAAUAAUAAAGAGAUUUCUAACAGCAGACAUGGUGAAUCUCUACAGUGAGAAAAAUGAGAAAGGCAGCAUAAAAGCAGGCAAUCUGAAGUACAAGGAAGAACCAUCAAAACUACUGUCUGGAAACAAAUUUCAAGACCGUUAUUUUGUGUUACGGGAAGGAAACUUGCUUCUGUAUAAGGAUAUGAAGGCUAGCAAACCUGAAAAAGUGUUGCCUGUCAAUUCUCUGAAGCUUUAUCUUGGAGUGAAAAAGAAAAUGAAGCCACCAACAAACUGGGGACUUGCAGUAUUUUCUGAAAAACACCAGUGGUAUAUAUGUUGUGAUGGACAAGAUGUGCAGAUGGAGUGGAUGAUCAGCAUUUUUAUGGCACAGCAUGCAGAUAUAUGGCCACCUGCUGGAAAAGCAAGAAAACAGUCCAUAACUAAAAGUCCAAAGAUCAGAGGCUUACCACUAAUUCCCAUUCAUCAGGAGAAGACCACUUUUAAAAUCGGAGGGAAUACAGAAAAUAUAGUACUACAAACUGGAAAAUCAAGAUUUGGUGAACAUCAUGAUAAUGAACUUCUGGAAGAAAGAAAGAACUUGAAAGAAAAGGCAUCUAUUGUGGCACAGUGUUUGGAAAGAAAGGAGGAGAAAGUGCGAAAUCAUGCAAAAACACAUCGAAACUUCAUUUCUGAGGAUGAUGCUGGCUCAGGGGUGACUGAAUUACACCAAAGACCACAUAAGACAAUGAAGAAAAAUAAACCCAAAACAAACAAAAACAAAACUACUUUGGAACUAGAUAUUAAAUUGCCAUCAAAUGUGAUUCAGGAACUAAAUACAGUACUGCAGAAGAACAGAGCACUUCAUGAAACCUCCAGCUGA